AAAAUACAGCUGACUGAACGACGACGAACGAAAGUUUUGUUUCAGUCGUGUCAGUGAGAAAGAAAAUGGUAAUUUUGUUCUAAAUAUGGCGAAUAUCGCUAGCCCUUUACCAUAUCUUAUCAAAAGAGAGUAUGGCUUUUUACCAGACUUUAAGUCGCAUUUAUAUAAAAAGCGUCUCGAUGCCGCUAAAAACCUGUAUCGCCGGGACUUGGUGUGUCAUUUUGGAUGUGUAAAUGCUAUUGAGUUUUCGAGCAAUGGCGAAUUACUCGUAUCAGGUGGAGAUGACCGCAGGGUGAUGCUAUGGAAGUUUGGUCAAGCCCUACUUGACCAUGGCAAGCCUGAGGCAAUGAAAGCUGGCCACCAGUCCAAUAUAUUCUGCCUUGACAUCACCAGUGACAACCAGAAGAUUUAUUCAGGGGGCAAUGAUGAUGUUGUAAUAGUCCACGAUUUAGAAAGCAAGUGUCCGUUGGAGGUGCUACAGCAUCAACGAGCAGUGUGCAGCCUCAGCAUUUCACCAUCCGAUGACCGAGUUGUUGCCACAGCUGGCAACGAUGGAAGAUUGUUAAUUUUCGACACUCGAAUAUCUUUAUAUCAGUCACUAGUGCUGUCGCGCAGCAGGAAACCAUUCCACGGCGUGAUGUUCCACCCACAGCAGAUGGGCGUACUGGUGUCGGCCAACGCUCGCGACGGCGUGGCUCUUUGGGACCUGCGCCGGCCUCAGCACCCCGUCGUCCGAUACGCAGGCCGCCGCGGCACUUGCCAGAACAGUAUGAGCGUGCGUUUUAAUUCUGCGGGCACCCACGUACUAGCACUCAGAAGGCGCCUACCACCUGUCCUAUACGCAGUACAUUCCCCGGAGCCGGUGGCAGAGUUCUACCACCAGGACUACUACAAUUCUUGUACUAUGAAGAGCUGCUGCUUCGCGGGGGAAGGAGACCAGUAUGUGAUGUCUGGGUCCGAUGAUUUUAACCUGUAUAUGUGGAAGAUACCUGAUGGUGGAGGGGAGGAAAUGACGGUGCAGCAACCGCACGUAGUGCUAUACGGCCACCGGUCCAUCGUCAACCAGGUGCGGUACAACCAGCAGUACUGCCUCAUCGCUUCGUCUGGGGUCGAGAAAAUUAUUAAGGUGUGGUCUGCGCUCGAGUAUCCUAAGAUGCGCGGCUCGCUCUUGGAAGAGGCGCAGGGCUCCGAUAACCCGCGAGAGAUCUACAGCCACGAGGACUACGUCUCGCUAGUGCACCACAGCGGACAGUACAUAUCGCACAAUUACGCGGAGCAGUCCACGAGCGAGGAUCCUCGCAUGAUGGCGUAUUUCGACUCGCUCGUACAACGCGAGCUGGAAUGCCUGGCCGAAGAAACUGAUUCCCUGGACGCUUCCAGCUCGGCUGGCACGCUGCAUGACAACGGCUCCGACUCGUCCGAUAGCGAGCAAAUUGUGGUUGACUUCCUGCCAUUGCCGCCCAAGAGAGUGAAUCCAAAUGGAAACCGCAGUCAAAGAUGUCCGAAUCGUUUGGCGCGGCUGGUUGCGCCCCGGUAUUCCAAAAACUCGCGGAUGCAAAAACGGGGAUCUGCAAGUUCACUCGUAGUCGAUUGCGAAGGCAAAAUGGCGCAAUAUACUUGAGCACGUGUUGGGAUUGGGAGGUGAACUGCAAAAAUUCGUUGUCGUACCUCGUAUCAUAAGGACGUAGUUCCUUACUCCGAGAAUAAGACAAUAUUGUAGAUAUAGGUAUAUGCAUGUUUUUUUAUUUGAUGUUUUUAACAAGCACUUGUACUUAACAAUCCAUUUGGUAUUUAUACAGUUUCUUAGAGAAUCACAUAAAGGUUCCAAGUUUUUUUACACUUUAAUGAAGCUCAUGAGUAGCAGUUUCUAGGAAAAUUCAACUACAUUUAUCAUUGUUUUCCAAAACUCAUCAUUUAAGUAAUAAAUUUCUUAAAUUUUCCCAAAACCUAUUCCAAGGGAUCAUUCAAAUCCCCUGACGCCAUAUAGACACCCCGCAGACUACAGCCUUUUUGUCGGCGGAGCUAGCUAAUAACUUGACUUACUUAAGGUCUUAUGUCCCCUAGAUGGGGCAGAGGGCGUCCACAACAGUCCUCCAUCGCGUUCGGUCUUGAGCUUCGCGUUUGAUCUCGCUCCAAGUCUUGCCGAUCUUCUUCGCUUCGUCUGCUACAGUGCGCCGCCAAGUAUGCUUGGGACGACCACGUUAGCGUUUUCCUUGGGGGUUCUGUCUAAUAAAAUCAGUACGAAACAUCAAUCAGUGAAUAUGUCAAUCAGUUAGCAUGUUUGAAAGGUUCGGUCGAUUAAAAAUCUGUAGUCUGCGGGGUGUUAUAGAAAGAAAGGAAAAAUGAGGAAAAUCUC